AUGGCUUCUAAUAUGUUUCAAUAGAAUGAUAUAAACUUCAAUAAGAAAGUCGAUGAAUUUAACAAUCUCUAUAAAUAAUACUCUAUGACUUAGAGUAAACAACUUACAUUAGAAAAGAUGAAACUUACACAUGUUUAAGCUGAAUAAUAAGUAAUCGAAAUAAUCAAUCACUUCUAUAGUUCAAAUUUAUGGAAAUUGAAUACAGUUCCUUUAAUGAGUAAAAUAAACAGGAAUUUGCAUAAAAAUUUAGAUAAAAUAAGAUGCUUUACACAGAAUGUUAAAAGAAAUUGAGAGAUCUAUAAUCAGAUAUUGAUAAACAACCAUAAUCACAUUUUAGCAACGUUAUCAAAAAAACAUAGCCAUCUUAGAUUAGUGGAUUAAAUUCUGAUUUACACUCAUAAGUUAAGUAAUUAAAUCAUCUUGAUUCACGAUUACUUGAAGCAGAAGACACUUAAAUAAGCAUUCUAGAUAAUCUUCGUAGUUAAAAAGAAAAAUUAUUAAAAGCUAUUGAAGAUGUAAUAUAAGUUACUAAUUUAGACUAAAGAGAUUUAAAGUGGAGUGAAAAUGACUUAGAGACAUGCAACUAUGAUUAAAAAUAGGGAAUCAUACAAUAAAGGAAUAUUAAUGACUUUGGUUUGCAUAUUAACAAUUGGAAAUAUUCUUAUUAUAUACUAUAAAUUUGUUCAUUGA